ACCAAUUUACAAUAUUAUCUCAUCGAAAAAAUAAAAACAGUCCCAAGUAAAACUAAUCUAACUGUCAUGGCGGAAAUGGUUUGACUUUCAUCUAAAUUCCCUACGUAGUUUAGGAAAUUCAGGAAUCAAAAGUGUCGAGAAUUGUGAACGGAACGGAACUUUUACGCUAACUUGAUCCGUCGUGGAAAAUCGGUCACCAGAAAACAAUCACACAACAAUCUCGGUGAAGUGCUCAAGCGGAAGAAAGACCACUUACAAAUUGACAAUGGGUUCUCGAGCAACGUGAAUUAAGGUUGUGCAAAGAGUUUCCCGGAUGAUGGUAAUGAAUAGGAUUGGCGCAGGCCUGGUAGCACUGGUUCUCGUCCCAGUCCUGCUCCCCUUGGUCACGUCACGGGACGCAUUACCUCUUCAGUUUGUUCACCAUAACAACUCCGCCAUGGAUGCGAUUAUCGACAGCCUGGCCGAGAAGUUCCCGAACAUUACCCGAGUGUACACGAUUGGUCGUUCGUACCAGGGCAAGAGCUUACGUGUCAUUGAAAUCACUAAAAAUCCUGGUAAACACAUCCCAGGCAAGCCUGAAUUCAAAUACAUCGCUAACAUGCAUGGGAACGAGGUCGUUGGGAGAGAGCUGCUUUUGCUAUUGGCUGAGCACCUGUGCGAGGCUUACGGCAAAAUGCCUGGGAUUACUCAGCUCCUGGACACGACACGGAUCCAUCUUCUCCCUAGCAUGAACCCGGACGGGUACGAAAGCUCAAAGGAGGAAGAUUGCACCAGUGUCAUUGGUCGGUUUAACGCGAAUGGAGUCGACUUGAAUCGUAACUUCCCGGAUCCUUACGACAAUCGGGAAAACUCCCUGCAACCGGAAGUGAAGGCCGUUAUGAAUUGGCUGAAGAGUGAGCCAUUCGUAUUGUCAGCGAACCUGCACGGAGGCACGCUCGUAGCUAAUUACCCGUAUGAUAACAUCCCUCCCGAGCUCAAGAAAUCCACGGUCAGGGUGUACUAUGGCUCGCCUGACGAUGACGUGUUUGUCAAGAUUGCCAAGGCAUACUCUUCCCAGCAUCCAACAAUGAGGAAAGGUGACCCAAAAUGCCCCAUUCACCGCAACGAGCGCUUCAAAGACGGGAUCACAAACGGAGCGGCCUGGUACCCAAUCUCUGGAGGCAUGCAGGAUUACAAUUACUACCACAGCAACUGCUUCGAGAUAACGCUUGAGCUUGGUUGCUGCAAGUUCCCGCCAACACGAUACGUCAAGGACUACUGGUACGCAAAUCGCAAGGCCUUGCUCAGCUACAUCAAAUUGGUGCACACCACAGGAAUAAGAGGCUUUGUCACCGAACCCGACGGGAGCCCUGUGGAAGGCGCGAAAAUCGUUGUGGAUGAUCGCACCAAAAAAGUGACGUCAUUCCAAGAUGGCGACUACUGGAGGUUUUUGGUCCCAGGGACUUACAUGGUCAGGGUCAAGAAGCGAGGCUACAAGAAUACAGCCAAGACAGUGACUGUAGAUGAAGGAGUUAGUUCCGUGGUGAACUUUACGCUUGUUAAAAGAGGCGAAAGCAGGUCGAACGUGGCGUCCAUUACCGGCAGGUUUCGGGCUGCUAAGGCAAUAAUGGCCAACAAGAUACAACUUUCUUCCCAAGAAUCCGACCCCCUGGUUCUCUCCAGCACGGCUUUUCGUGCCAACCUAAACUUCUUGAACGCGGUGUUUAUUUGUAGUUUGUUGAUAGGUUUGUUGUAAAGUAGUUUUCUUGCGCGACUGCCUAUCCAGGUCCCAGGCUUUCUAUCCCGGUCUUAUCACUGGAAACCAUCUCCUCGUUGUAGGUGAGCUCGACAGUGCUGGAAAACGCAAGACUAGUUCCAGUACCGCGCGGUUAAACCAGCCUUUUUGUUUUGAAAUGGCGGCGUUUGUUUUACCGGCGAACUGUCACAAUUUGGCGAAUGCUAAGAAAACUAGAUCAGACCUAAGGCUAAAAUUUUCUGUACGACUCCCUCAUUAUCAAACAAGUCUGCCAUCUUUUGUACAGUAUGGUUUUAUAGAUGUACAGUUAGCCAAAACAGCGACCGAAGUCAGCCUUUCGUACCUUUACUCAAACGAUUCAACACUGAGAUUUUGUUUGUUUUCGCCAGAACAUGCGCAUGCGCAUACGUUAUUCAGCACUGUCGGUGAGCUCAGCUAGACCUCAAGUUACCUCGGUUAUUCUCCACACACAGGAAACCCGGUAAAACUGGGAUAAGGCCGGGUAGUGUUCAGUCAAGCUGGAGCGGCGGCCACUGACAAGGAAAUGAUGAAAAUAACAACGGUGCCUACGGUGGGCUGCAACAGGCUGGCGAAUAUAUAGGGAUGGCGCCAGGGGGUUGCACCCUCCUAGAAUUAGCCUUACACAAAGGUAGUACAGGGGAAGAGGAAUAAAGCAUUUUAUUGGAA